GGCGUUGGGCUGCGGGCCCCCCCUCCCCACAGCCUCCUGAGCGGCGGGCGCGGCGGCGGGCGGGGUUGGUGCCGGUGCCAUGGCGGAGAGCGACUGGGAUACGGUCACGGUGCUGCGCAAGAAGGGCCCCAGCGCGGCCCAGGCCAAGUCCAAGCAGGCCAUCUUGGCGGCCCAGCGGCGCGGAGAGGAUGUGGAGACCUCCAAGAAGUGGGCAGCAGGCCAAAACAAACAACACUUUAUUACAAAGAACACGGCCAAGCUCGACCGAGAAACAGAAGAGCUGCACCAUGACAGAGUUCCGCUGGAGGUGGGCAAAGUGAUCCAGCAGGGCCGACAGAGCAAGGGCAUGACGCAGAAGGACUUGGCCACAAAAAUAAAUGAAAAACCACAAGUUAUUGCUGACUACGAAUCAGGAAGAGCAAUCCCCAAUAACCAGGUUAUGGGCAAGAUCGAAAGAGCCAUUGGCCUUAAACUGCGUGGGAAGGAUAUUGGAAAACCGCUGGAAACUGGCCCCAAAGGGAAAUGACACCAAAGCCUCGAAAUCAGUUUGUCCAGACUGAUCUCGUCUGGCUGGUUCUCCUUAACCACCAGAAUCUCUCUUCGUAUUGCCAAGCUGAACAAGAGGGUUUCAGACUUGCUUUGGGGGGGAAAUCUGCCGAAUCUGUACCUGCUGUAAAAAGGCAACCUUAAAGAAGCGAUUUUCCUGAUUUUGUUUUUCCUUCCUCCUUUCCAGAGAUUGAGGAACUAAACCCAAAAAAAUACCGCAUCUGAAAAAACAUGUGCGUCUUGGUGUUUAGAAGCAGCUAAGGUUAAGACACUUGGGGUGGUCUGAAAUGCGAUCAUAUAAUUGGAAAAAUUUGUGGGACGGGUGGGAUAUAUUAUAUAUAAAUAAUUUGGGAGAGUUGGGGGUUGAUCAGUGUCUGCAUUUGAAAUGAUGACUCAGUCACUGCAUCACAAUGACAUUUUUGUUUGUUCCUUCCAGCCUGUUUUAAAGAGAUCUAUAAUAAAGUUUGAUACCCUUCA